AUGCCAGGUCUUUUUGCAACAGCAGAAGAAGUUCAACAGCUACUGGCUCUUUUGGUCACCUUGAAAAUUGGACACAUCGAUACUGCAGCCAUUUACCCUCUUAGCUCGCAUGGAAAGUCGGAACAGCUUCUUGGUGAAAACCAUGCCCAUCAUAGCUUUGCUAUCGAUACUAAGAUCAAGCUUGCGGAUUUCUCUGGUAAGGGCUCAUUGACGGCAUCGGCAAUCAAUGAAAGUGUUGCGGAAAGUUUGUCUCGUAUUAAGGCAAAGAUCAAUGUAUUGUAUUGCCACAUGCCCGAUGCAUCAACCCCGAUCAACGAAACGCUUGCUGCUCUCCAUGAACUUCAUCAGCAGAAUAAGUUCCAGAAACUUGGAAUAUCCAACUUUUCUGUCGCACAACUCCAAGAGCUUCUUGAAGCAUGUGAAAAAGAAGGCUACCCGAAGCCUAGUUACUACCAAGGACAAUACAAUGCACUUUGCCGUGAAGCAGAAACGCAACUCCUUCCGAUCUUAUGCCAGCAAAAGAUAUCAUAUAUUGCUCAUAGUCCGCUUGCAGGAGGGUUUUUGACGGGAAUAUUCACAUUGGGCACAGACGUCACUGGAACUCGAUUCGAGGAUGGUAAUCCAAAGGGAGAUUUCUUCAAGAGAAGGUAUGACAAUGAACCUACACACUCGACCAUGAAGGAAUUUAUUGCUUUACUUCAGCCCUACGACAUCACUCCCUCAGAAGCGGCCCUGAGAUGGAUUUACUACCAUUCAGCUCUCCAGGAAGGUGAUGGUGUGAUACUAGGAGCUAGCAACCCAGCGCAAAUCUCUCUUAACGCUGCUGAUAUUGCGAAGGGGCCUCUGCCUUCGAACGUAGCCGAGGCCAUGGAGAAAAUGUGGACGAACAUUCAGGCACAGAUGUAG